AUGACACAGCUGAGCCAAUCCAGGCUGGAACUAAGUACAGAGGAAGUCCUUCUUUUCCUGAUCUUGGCAGUAAUUUGGGUCAGAUGGAUCGUUAUUGAUCUUCACAAGAGGAUCUCCUCCUGCUAUGAAUACUAUUGUCACCUCCACCGUUUCCCUCAGCCCCCCAAAAGAAACUGGCUUUUUGGUCACUUGGGCAUGAUGCCUUCCACGGAGGAGGGUUUGAAGGAAACAGCUCAGCUGGUUGCCACGUACCCCCAGGGAUUUAUGAUGUGGAAGGGCCCCAAGAUGCCCAUCAUCGUCUUGUGCCACCCUGACGAUGUCCAGUGUGUCCUCAGUGCCUCAGUUGAGGUUGCAGUCAAGGACGUCUUUGCCUACAACUUCCUGAAACCCUGGAUGGGGGGCGGGCUCUUGCUGAGUGCUGGUCACAAGUGGAGUCACCGCCGUCAUGUGCUGACACCAAGCUUCAAUUUAAACAUCCUGAAGCCCUAUGUGAAGGUUUUCAGUGACUGCACAAAGAUCAUGCAUGCCAAGUGGCAGCACCUGGCUUCAGAGGGCAGCACCCGUCUGGAGAUGUUUGAGCACAUCAGCCUGAUGACCUUGGACUGCUUUUACAAAUGCCUAUUGUGCACCAAAAGCAACUGUCAGGAGAAGUGGGAGAAAUAUAUUUCCAUCAUUUCGGAGCUCAGUGCCCUUGUGACAAAAAGAAUCGAUCAUCUCCACCUACACAAUGAAUUUCUGUACCAACGCACCUGUGAUGGGCGGCGCUUCCAGAAGCUCUGCAGCCUGCUGUAUAAUUUCACGGAUACUGCCAUCCUGCAGCGUUGUCUUACUUUAUGCAAGCUCAAUUCCAAAACUCUUAACUUCAUUGAUGUGCUUUUGCUGAGUAAGGAUGAAUACGGAGGGGACCUGCCUUAUGAGGACAUCCGAGCAGAGGUUGCAACUUUUAUGUUUGAGGGGUAUGACACCAUGGCAAGUGGCCUCUCCUGGGCUCUAUACAACCUGGCAAGGCACCCAGAAUACCAGGAACGCUGCCGGCAGGAGGUGCGAGAGCUCCUGAGGGACUGCGAAUCUGAAGAGAUUGAAUGGGAUGACCUGUAUGAACUGCCCUUCCUGACCAUGUGCCUCAGGGAGAGUCUGCGGCUGCAUCCCCCAAUCACUGGCAUCUCCCGACGCUGCACCCAGGACGUUGUGCUUCCAGAUGGCCGGGUCAUCCCCAAAGGUGUUACCUGCCUCAUCAGUAUUUUUGGGACCCAUCACAACCCUGCUGUGUGGCCGGACCCUGAGGUCUAUGACCCCUUCCGCUUUGACCCAGAAAACGUCAAGGACAGGUCACCUCUGGCUUUUAUCCCUUUCUCCGCGGGGCCCAGGAACUGCAUUGGGCAGACCUUCGCCAUGGCCGAGAUGAAGGUGGCGCUGGCGCUGACUCUGCUGCACUUCCGCAUCCUGCCAGAUGACAAGGAGCCGCGCAGGAAACCCGAGCUGAUCCUGCGCGCAGAGGACGGGCUUUGGCUGCGGGUGGAGCCGCUGAGUGAGGGGUCGCAGGGAGUCCCAUGGUCUGGGACCCAACUGAAUCCCCUCACCUUUGGGGUCUCUUCGGAAUAA